GCUAAGUAGAGACUCGAGAGACCCCAAAACAGAGAGAGCCUUCCGCAAAGGGUUUUUGGAGACUGAAUCCGAAAUCAAAACCAUCGGAUCUACCAUCAAACCCUUGGGAGAUCCCUAAUCUCCCUUCUUUUUUCCAUUCUUCGAUCAUUCGCAGUGGAAAGAUCGGAUCUUGGCGAUCAACUUGAUGUUUAUCUUCCCCGCCGAUGACGUUUUUGGCUGAAAUUUGCGAUUUUUUGGUGUUCGGAUGGUGUUUUGAUAUAUCAUUUUGUGUUUGAUCUGUUUGUGAAGGUGUUUUUUUUUAGCAUGGGGGAUUUGCAAGGGUGGUUGCCGCGGGCUGAUGGUGUGGCCGGGGAGUUGAACCCCGCGCCGGCGUCGCCUCCGGCUGUGGAGAACCCUCAUCCGAUGGUGAUCGAGUCUGUGCGGUGGCGCCGUGCUGAGAAUGCUACCGGGGCGAUCAUAGAGAGGAUUCAACCCACUCGGGUGUCUGAGGAUCGGAGACGGGCUGUGGUGGAUUAUGUUCAAAGGCUGGUGAAACACUUUACUGGUUCUGAGGUUUUUCCAUUUGGUUCUGUUCCAUUGAAGACAUAUCUUCCAGAUGGGGAUAUUGAUCUUACAGCGCUUGGCAUGCCUCAAUAUGAGGAUGCUUUGGCCAAUGAAGUACGUUAUGUACUUGAAGCUGAAGAGAAGAAUAAGGAUUCUGAGUUUGAAGUGAAAGAUGUCCAAUACAUAAAUGCAGAGGUAAAACUUGUGAAAUGCCUGGUGCAAAAUAUUGUUGUAGAUAUCUCUUUUAAUCAAAUUGGAGGGCUCUGUACACUAUGCUUCCUGGAGAAGGUUGACCUAGUCAUUGGAAAGAAAAAUCUUUUCAAACAAAGUAUCAUACUGAUAAAAGCAUGGUGUUACUAUGAGAGUCGAAUUCUCGGUGCUCAUCAUGGCUUAAUUUCUACAUAUGCAUUGGAGACCUUGGUCUUGUAUAUUUUCCAUCUUUUCCAUUCAUCUUUGGAAGGCCCUCUAGCGGUUCUAUACAGGUUUUUGGAUUAUUACAGCAAAUUUGAUUGGGACAACUUUUGCAUUAGUUUACAUGGUCCAAUACCUCUGUCUUCCCUACCGGAACUUGUGGCUGAGGUACCAGAAAAUGAUGGAGGUGAAUUAUUACUCAGCAAGGAGUUCCUCAGAAGCAGUAUGGAUUCAUUCUCAGUUCCACCUAGACCAGGAGAGAACAGCCCUCGGGCUUUUAUGCCAAAACAUUUGAAUAUAGUUGAUCCGCUCAAAGAGAACAAUAAUCUGGGACGUAGUGUUAGCAAAGGUAACUUUUAUCGGAUACGCAGCGCAUUUACGUAUGGUGCCCGAAAACUUGGUCGGAUUCUUCUACUGUCUGAAGAGAGAAUUGCAGAGGAACUUUCUAAAUUCUUCACAAACACCUUGGAGAGGCAUGGGAGUGGGGAAAGACCUGAUGUGCAAGAUGAGCCUCCCUUUAAUACAUAUGGUACAAUCAUUGAUGAUGAUGGGUUUGGCCCUGCACCAUUCGAUUUAAGGGCCAAUAAACACAAGGAAGAUGAGUCAACUCUGCAAUCACCUCAUGCUGAAUCCUAUGGAGUAUGGGAAAUCAACAGACUUAAAUUUUUGGGUUUGGAUGAGGACCGUGGUUCCAGAGCCCAAUCAGGGGAACAUCAAUUCAAUCACCAAAUUCCUGUCAAUUACCUGCAGAGCCAUGUAAAAGUGGAAGCAGAUGGUCUUGGAGAUGGAAAUGCUGUGUCAAGAAAACGUUUGACUGGUGAUGCUAGGGAUCUUGCUACCAGUAGAACUAACAGUUCAAAAAACAUGGCUGACACAUUGAAGUCACCCUCAAACAGUGAAACAUGCCUUUCACCAUCCAGUCCAGCAUAUUAUGCACCACACCACUUUUUCCAGCCAGAAGAUGUGGUUGGAAAUGGUCCUACCAAAUUUGGAACAGAGAAAUAUACUAGAGGCUUUACUCGAAGUGAUGAAUUUUCUAUUCCUACUCAGCAAGACUCUCAUGAGACUGAGUCAUCAGGUGGUACUCCGUCUUGGAUAUCUAGUAACCAUGGGGUUUCUACAUCUGUUAGUUACAUUGAGGAAUUCACACCGUCAAAUUGGAAGAUUCACCAACCAGAAAAUUUGAGCAAUGUUGACAUCGUUGCAGGAAGCAGUGAUGGAAAUGAUAAUAAAAGUCCAAAACCCACGUGCCUGGCAGAUCUUACUGGGGAGUUUGAAAUACAUUACAAAAGUCUUCUGUAUGCUCAAUCUUGCCAUGAGUUCAUGUUAAGUGGGUUUGGAUAUCCAAAUCAUAGAUCAUCACCACCCCCAUAUCGUGGCAAAACCUCAUGGGAUGCUUUUCGUAGGCCAAAUUUUUAUAUGCCUGUGAAUGCAAAUGGACUUGUGCAUGGACAACCAAUUCUUCAUGGUCAUUAUCCUGUAAGCUCCCCCAUAGCACCUUCCACUUAUGGAGAAGAUUUGCAGAAGCCACGUGGAACUGGCACUUACUUUCCAAAUGCAAAUGCGGUGAAUUAUCGUACUUACCGAGAAAGACCAACACAUGGAAGAGGAAGGGCUUCAGCAAAUAUUCUACCAAGGAACCGGAACAAUGGCCGGCCAAUGACACCACCUGACAUGAGCUUCCAAGAGAAAGUCAGUCAUGACCCACCUUCGCCAUCACAGUCUCCCAGUUUAGGUUUAGGUGGUAGUGGCCGUGGCAAACCUGCGUUGUUGGACAUACUGCAAGCUCCUCGUCCCACUGUGAAAGGAGUUUCGCAAGCCAAUGGACUUGUGUUUCCACCUGAUGGCAGAGUAGAAUUUGGCAGUGUUCCACUUGGAUGGUCAUCUUUGCUAGAACCCGGUAGGAGGUUGGAUUCUGUCAGUCCUCAUAAUCAGAGCUCUGCAUCAGUGAUUCUUACACCAACAGCUCAAAAAUUUGUUCCAAGCUCAACUAGUGAAAGGCCGAAGCAGUCCUAUCAAUUGAAAGACGAUGACGACUUCCCUCCUCUCUCUGGCUGACAGCACUGUAAUUUCAAUACAUGUGAAGAUAAUCCAAUUACAUAAAGAGAGUGUUAAACUGUUGAACCUCGUGGUGGAAAUUCACCGGGGGCAGCAGCAACAUCCGAAGUGCAAGAGUGAACGCCGUAUUCAUCGGUGCUCCAUGUAAAUGUCAAUAACCGUUCCACCCUCGUCAGGUGGGGAUAAACAGGAUUUGUUGUUAAAAAUUAUUUCCUGUCGCGGCCCAGUUUUCCGGUUGUGGGUGGUGAAAGCAGUAAGUUUGGUUGUCGUUGUAGCUUGUUGUCUUUAACAGUCUCUCAGACAUAAACUAGUUGUUGUAUCGUCGUCGUUCGAUUUGUUACUUAGAGAGUCAUCUUUACUCAGGUUUUAGGAGAUACCGGUGAUCAUCGCUGCUGCUUCAUCGUCGUCCAUCCGGUUAUCGGCAUUAAAUCGACUGCAUGUGGUUGUUAUGAUGAGCAUGUUGUAUGGGCUUGUUUUUGUCUGGUUUGUUGCAUGGAUCUGGAAAGAGCUUUGUAAAUUUGAUGAAACCUUUUCAGACUA